GAGCCUGUUCGGCAACUUACCUGACAGAGCAAAGGAGGAGAAAAGGAGCCAGGAAAACCUCAGGAAGGGACAACCUGGGGGAGAAGAGGAGGACGGACGAGACCAGGCGGCCGGGUGGUCUGCCCUGCCCUGCUGAUCCCCUUUGGGGUCUAAAAGUUCAUUAUUGAAUUUUUCCCUUUAUGCAACUGGAGCAAGGUUUGAAGAAAUACUUGAAGUCAGCUCUCCUGGAGCUCAUUGUUAUUCUUCCAAACUUGGCAAGAAAAUUAACCAUGAAGAACAUGUGCUUCCUCAAAUGAAAUGCAUUGAUUUUUGGACCAGAGAGCUGCACAGGUAAGUUAAGGCAGGGAACAUACCCCACAUUCCUUCCUCUUCCUGUUGUGGUUCCCAAACAUCUGAAGAACUCUAAGCUACCAUUUGUACUUGGUACUUCCAUAGAUUUCCUACAGAAUGACAUCCUUACAAGGCGCUACAAUGGGUCGAAGUAUGCCAGUUGAAGUGGAUGAAACUAUUGACUGGUCUCCAUUUCCAGAACAUUCACUGAAAGAGGCUCCGAACCCUUCUGCAGAAGAUAUAAAUAACUUAAUGCCUAUGGGAUCUUAUCCACCUCAAACAUCUCAUCCGAUGAAUGGGCAACUGGGAUUCUAUAAGCAUCCUGAUCAUAUCAAUUAUAAUAAUGGCAUACUAGAAACUUAUGGCCAUAGUCUUCCACAAGACACCUAUGAUUCUACAAGUGGGCAGUUUCCUGGCCCAUCCAGCAACUCAACAGACCUUUCAGAAUGGAAUCAUUUGCCGCAACACAAAACAAACCAGCUCUUGAGGUCUCAAUCAUCCGCUGAUUCUCCUGACAUCGGGCACAGUUCUAGUAAUUUGCAAAGAAGUUCCUCUGAAAUAUCCCAGCAUUCGUUUGGUGAAAAUCAGGAAAACAUAAAGCCCAACUGGCAGCACGAGGAUAGGGUGCCAGUAGACCUAAGGACAGAAGAUGCAGGAUAUGAUUCUCAGCCUCAGGAUGCUCUGGGCAUUGGACAACCUGAGCUUCCCUUGUCCUUUACUUCUGUUCUGAACCCACAAGACCUUCCAAAAUCUCUGAUGUCCAGAGAAUAUCCCCAGAUGGAUUCUCAGUCAUACCCUUUAUUUCCACAGAUGCCCCAUCUUUAUAUUCCACCACAAGCUCAGUGGCGUCCAAGAUGCUACAAUCAGAAUAUGUACUGCCAGAAUCCAUAUGGACAAACCCCGUAUCAACAUUUUGCACGUUCACCUCAAGUGCAACUUCCUCUUCCUGGCCCUUGUGUAAGAGUCACUCGCCCUGCUCAGCAAAUAAUCCCACAUUAUUCUAGUCCACGUGGACCCAAGUGUAAUGAAGAAAGGCUGCCUCGGGGGGAAAGCUCUUCCGAAGGACUUCAGAGAUUUCAUGACCAGUUUCAGAAGCAGAUCCUUGAGAAUAACACACCAUUCAAAAUAUACGGUGCCCAUGAGGGCAUAGAGAGAUUUCCUUUCAAUUCCAUGGCUCAGUCUGACAGCAUGUCCACCCCUGGGCCUAUCCCAAGACCCUUGAAUAACUCUGCAGCCAGAGGGACACUAAGGACCAGCAACUUGCCUGAAGAGCUACGUAAAGUGUUUAUAACCUAUUCCGUGGACGCAGCUGUGGAGGUUAUGAAAUUUGUGAACUUUUUAUUUGUAAAUGGAUUUCAGACUGCAAUUGACAUAUUUGAAGACACCGUCCGAGGAAUUGAUAUUAUCAAGUGGAUGGAACGUUAUCUAAGUGAUAGGACAGUAAUGAUAAUCAUAGCAAUCAGUCCAAAAUACAAACAGGAUGUUGAAGGGGCUGAAUCCCAGCUGGACAAAGAUGAACAUGGUUUACAUACUAAGUACAUCCACAGGAUGAUGCAAAUUGAAUUUAUACAGCAAGGAAGCAUGAACUUUAGAUUCAUUCCUGUGCUCUUUCCCAAUGCAAAAAAGGAACACGUACCUACCUGGCUUCAGAAUACUCACAUCUACCAUUGGCCUCGGAAUAAAAAGAACAUUCUGUUGCGGUUGCUGAGAGAAGAGGAGUAUAUCGCGCCUCCAAUAGGACCUCUGCCCACUCUCCAGGUUGUUCCAUUAGGAGCCCACAUCUGAAGCACACAUGGACUAAAUGUGGUAUGAUUCUCUUGGCUGGUGGCCAGAGUUUUCCUAGCUCUUCUGAGUGAUGAACGGCAUGUGCACCUUCUCCCCUUCCAACCACAAAUAGAAUUUGUCUUGGGGUGCCCUUUCCUUCUGAAUGUCUCUUUCUGAGGCUGAUUAGGCACAUUAGUGCAUUUCAACAAUCUGCAAAUGGAAAAAAUGUAUUUCACGCAUGUUGCUUUUCUUCUGUCCUGAGCAACAUUUCAAGUCUGCAGCAAAGCAAGCAAAUACUAGAAUGAGGUUGAAUAUGUACAGUUAAAAAAAUAGGAUACUCUUGUUGGCUCACAGCUCAUUUUGUUGUCAGACAGAUGAACAUAUAUUGUAAAACAAUAUUCCAAUGCUGUUUCAUGUACAUGAUAAAUGAAUUACGUUUCAUAUGGACUGUCAUUUUUGUGGUAAGAAAAACAUGAGAGUUUAAUGUUUUUAUUGUUGGUAAACAUAGUCAUGAUCUUCAAGGAUGCCAUUUAGUUAGGCAAUUGGCGUAUCUUUUUAAACAGUUUGCAGAUAAUCCACAACAUAAUUAAGAAUAUUUUUUCUCUUGCUCUGUCUUAGAGCAAGGCCAUGUACUACAUUUCCCAUAUGGCUGUUCUCAAAAUGAAUACCUACCACAGGUUCUCCCUGAUCACAGAUACUACUGCUUAUAAUAGUGAUUUAACAUCUCUUUGUCAACAAUAGCAAACUAUGAAUGAGCUAGGGAAUAUCUGCUAAGGUGACAUGGAGAACAGCAAGAGGCUUGAUUCAAGCUGUUGUUUGGAAGAACAGGUAGGCAGCAAGAAACUUCAGUAGAUUUUUGGAAGAAUUAAGGUAGCCAUCAGCACUAACACGACCAAUACAGUGGUGUAUUAUCAGUACCUGCUAGGACCUCCUAGUCAUUCAGCAGCAGAACUUACAACUCUCUCACAGGUGCCUAGUGGUGCCUACUGUCUCUUCUUGUCACUCAGUCAGAACACUGUUAUUUCUAUCUCCUCACUCAAAAGUACCAUUAUUUGGGACUAAGCCUCUCUAUUUGUUUGCGAUUUGUUUUACGUUUCCCUAACCUGGCCAGUAUUCAUCUCAUAUGUUAGAUUAUACCUUCCACCAAGCAGAAGGCACCAAUCUGAGGAAUACCCAGAAUGUAAGGACAUCAAUUCAUAGGAUUUGUCAGUUAGACUAUAAAGUACCAGUAACAUAAGAAAGGCUUAUCAGGAAUUCUGCAAAGCCAAUUCCGUUGAAAAUAAAAUGAAAUAGGUGCCUUGCUGCUUUCAGAAAGGUUAUAUGCCAGCUAAGAUUACGAGAUCCAAUGUCUUUCUGCCUGUUUCCUUAUAUUUAAUGAUACAUUUGGCCAUGCCUGUAUAAAAGGUACUACCACGUACCUUUUACAUACCUUUACAACAGACUGAGUUAGUUCUAGGUCUGUUCUUACAACUGUUGUGUCCAAAAAUCUGAUUUAUUGAUGACUUUGUAUAUUGAUGCAUUGUAUAUGAAAUCCCAGCAGGCUACACUUCUCUUCUUGAAGUGUACAGCAUCUCUAAUGAGCUUCUGGGAGGUCUAUUCCCCCAGUGUUGGGAACACUCACCACACCCAGCCCUUUUCUCUCAAUUACUACUGUUCUCAUCAUUUUGACAAUUAUUGUAAGUUCCUAAAGAACACUGCAGAGCUUACUUACGAUAAUUGGAAACUGCAAAGUUAAAAAAAAAAAAAACUGGUUCAAAUUCUACAGUGCACAAAUGUUCAUAAUUGUACAUCAAGGAAGGGUGUUCACAACAUGUCUCUGAACCUUUAUAUUUCACCUUAAGAUGGAGAGGAGAGUAAACUUUUGGAAAGAUACUUAGACUUUACAGUAUUCAUCUCAGAACUGCCGAGGUACUGAACCAACGAAUGCUCAUUUCUAAUAUUGUAGGGCCAAAACAGAUAUUUUUCACUCUCAGAGUCAGUAGCAGGGUAGCACAAGGCAGGGGUGAUGGUGGUGGUGGUGGGGAAAAGGAUUAAUGUUAUGCAAUCUCCUUCCUUUGUGGUUCUGCAAAAAAAAAUAUCCCUAGAAUAAUGGUAAGCCCAGGA